AUGGGAGAACAGACGCACGAGCACUCGAACAGCAACAACAGCAACAACGGCUCUCAGGGUCACUUACCGACAGCAACAUCACCAUCAUCGGAGACGACACAUGCUGCUGCAGUAGGAGCAGAGACAGCGGGUGUAACCUCCACUGAUCAUCCAAGAGCCGGAUUGUCCGCUUUAAGAACUGUUUCCAGCGAGACCCUCGAAGCCGUCCGCACGCAUCCCGAUGACCGGAUAUGGGACCAUAUCAUUGUCGGAGGGACUCCAAUCUGCACACCAGCUGGCUUUAAUACACCCGACCAGAACAAUUCUGGUCCUACUACAGCAGGACAUCCAACCCAAUGUCGUACAGACCGUCGUGCAGUGGUCCCAACAAAGAUUGAAGAUCCCUCGCGCUUGCCCAGGAUGGUGUUUUCGAUCAGGAUGCAGUAUUUUCAACAAAAGGAGUCACCCCAGCGGAGGGCCGAGCAGAGUUAUUACCCGCCCUCAUCAAACGCUUUCCGUCGCCUACUGGCGUCUACCUCCUCGAUGUUGGACAGACUCGCACAGGGUUCAAAGAAUGGGGUAUCAAACAUCAUUCUGAGCAAGGGACUUCAACUCCAACCAAUACUGUUGCACCAAUCGGACCAUAUUGUGCACAAUGGACGUGUCGGACCAAAAGCAGAGGACGGCGAGGUUGAAGGGACGUUCACGUUGGAGAUUUCUGCAUCCAGGACCUCUCUCGACAUUCCGACACCGAUUGAAGUUCACAUCGACGUGAUUACCCAGCCAAUGCCCAAGAACACGUUCGGGAACACGGAAGCGAUCCGCAAUGGCGAGGCUGUCUUGAUCGAUGGACUGGUCAUGGCUAGGAGUAUGGCUCAAAGGGCUGGAUGGACUUGUCAGGAGGAGGACGAAUCCGAGAUGAUUGAGUGGGUGCGUGACCAAAUGGAUAUCCAAUGGCUCUCCGAGACGACUACCGAUCCAGAUGUGUUGAUGUCGGUCUGUUCAACGAUCGACUGUAUUAAGAAGUUCAAGCGGGCAAGGACAUUCUCCAACGGUAGCAUCCGAGUCAGGACACCCAACCUUUCGCCCUAUGCGUCUCGCACCCAUUCAUACCAUGGCAAGCAGAAAGAGGACCUUGGACUCGGCAUCCGACUAGACACGACUCUCUCGCGACUGCACGAGGUAUCGGCCAACCUCAAGGAGCACAAGGCCACUCAGUCGGACGAAGCAGGGGAUUUGUUGCACGCCAACGAUGCGAACGGCGAGAACGACAAAGGACUGUCGCCACGUCAGGUCGAGGAAAAUGGCGCUUCCAAAGUCAGCAUCGUCGCGGCCGAGAGCGGAGCAGCCAAGCGACCUCUCAAGACAUCCUUUGGCGGUUUCUCCUCGCUCAACGAAUCUCGGUCUCAGACUUUAGCCCUUGCAGAGAUGACGGAGGAUCAUUUGGGACUUGCUCUGUCGGCUCCUAGCCCGCCUGUCGGCUCCUCUUCUUCCACGAGCUCCAAGGAUUCUACAGUUCAGGAAAAGUCAUUGGGAGUAUUCAGUGAUGGCGUCACCACGUCCGAACUGCUUGGUACAGUGGAGACUGCCAAACCCAGCCCACCUCCUGGACGGAGUCUGUCUCGAUUCAGCAUCAAGAGCUAUCAGCUGGAGCGGAGCAAUCAUGGCCUGGGUAACGAGUGGGCGCUUGGAAACGUGGAUUUGCCACUGGGAUCAUCGGCACCAUCCAAGGGUGAUUUCUUCUCGUCGCCACCACUUUCUAUUGAACGACGGUCAUCAGGAGGCAUCUCUCCGUUGAGCCCUUCGCCUGCCACAUUCCAGACGACAGACUUUCUGCAGGAUUUGAACGGUCGUGCGAGCCCCAAUGUCAAUGGGCUUGGUGUCCACACUGGGUCUGGUGCUGCUGCGCUCGAGGAGCCUGCCAAGAGAUCGUCCCAGGGAAGCAACACUAUCGACAACGGCAGCAGGAGAAGCUUCGGGGUCUUUGGGCCACGGAGCAAUAGCGGGAUCAGCAAACCGGGCGACCUUGGCAGAUCAGUAUCAAGUGGCGACAACAAGGGCAGGAAGAGCCCAACCCAACUCUUGGAGGAGCCUGUGGAACUCGUUCCUGAUUUCUUGGGAAGCACGUUUGGAUCACCCAAGACAUCGACACCUGCGACAUUUUCCGAUACCAUCCCCGACUUUUUGGGUGCCAGUUUCGGAUCGCCCAAGUCUCCUCCUUCAUCAACUUUUUCCUCGAGUGCUGUGCCAGACUUUUUGGGUGGCAGCUUUGGAUCGCCACCUAAACGCGGAUCAUUCGUAAAGUUGAGUGACACGGACCAGUCGCUGGAGCGGAGCCAUUCUAGCCCUAGUUUUGUUGGAUCGGCCAAGGUGGUUCAUUUCGCUGAUAUUGACGCUACGGACAAGUUGCAGAGGAGCGAGUCGGAACCUGCUACACAUUCGCUUGGUGGGAACAAUGGAUCUGGUUCUGGUUUUGGAAUCAGUGAUGAGGCUUCGCGCAGGAGUAGCGGCAGUAGUGAAGGCGAUGGCGAGUCGGGAUUGCCCAGGAGACCGUCAUUGUCCAAAUCCAAGGCGCACACUCGGCGGUCUUGGGGCCAAGGGAUUGGAGGGCACGACAUCCAAGGCAUUCAAGGCCUGGAGUAA